GUGAUAUAACAUCUAGAAAAUACACAAACGUUUACCUGUGAAAUCGGAUACGAAAUGGCGACUGUACUCCGAAAUUCAUUAUCUCUGCUUCAGAGGCAAAAUAUACCACAAUCAUGUCAGGCAAUAAGGCUUGCACAGACAGCUGCUGCAGCUUCUGAUAAACCAGCUGAAAAGUUGAAGACUUUUUCUAUUUACAGAUGGGAUCCAGAUAAGGAGGGGGACAAGCCCCGCAUGCAGACAUAUGAAGUUGAUCUCAACACGUGUGGCCCCAUGGUCCUUGAUGCUUUGAUCAAGAUCAAGAAUGAGAUUGACCCUACUUUGACCUUCAGGCGGUCAUGUCGAGAGGGCAUCUGCGGGUCGUGCUCCAUGAACAUCAAUGGGACCAAUACACUGGCUUGUAUAAGCCGUAUUGACAGAGGUUCUAGCAAGGCCACAAAGAUAUAUCCUCUUCCUCAUAUGUAUGUCAUCAAGGAUCUUGUCCCGGACAUGAACAACUUCUAUGCCCAAUACAAAUCCAUAGAGCCCUAUCUCCAGAGGAAAGAGGAGAUCAAGUAUGGAGAAAAGCAAUUCAUCCAGUCUGUCGAAGACAGAGCCAAGUUGGAUGGUCUGUAUGAGUGUAUUCUGUGUGCGUGUUGCAGUACCUCCUGCCCCAGCUACUGGUGGAAUGGCGAUAAAUACCUAGGUCCAGCAGUUCUUAUGCAGGCAUACCGCUGGAUGAUAGACAGUCGUGAUGAGCUCCAGGCCGAGAGGCUAGCACAGCUCCAGGACAAGUUCUCUGUUUACCGAUGCCAUACCAUCAUGAACUGCACCAAGACAUGUCCCAAGGGACUGAACCCAGGCAGGGCCAUUGGAGAGAUCAAGAAACUGCUGGCAGGAUUUGGCACAAAGGCGGCAGCAUCCGCAUAAUCAUCGAGGAAUGAUGAACAAUCCCGCGAGAAACCCUACAUAUGGGACUACAUAGUUCCUAUUGAACUGUUGAUCCAAUAUGCAAUACAUUAUUCAAAGUCUUAUUAUGGGCGGCACGGGCGAUUUUGCCCCCGAAAUGCUCAACAGAGCCCUAGGAAAUCCCCACUCAUUGCAAUUAUUAAAGCUUAUCCAAUGGGGCAGAUUUACACAGUAGGUUGUGUAUUAAAGUAGCCCCUGAUAAUUAAACAAUUACUUUUAGAAAAUGCCUGGAUGAGACCAAGGGUAAACCGAAGAUUCAAAUUGGCUUUUUUGCAGUAUUUGAUAAUUUUGACAAAAAAUAAUGCAGAUUUCCUGGAAAAUGUUCUUUUUCCAGAAUCUAUUCUGAAUGCAUAUCUACAGCAGAAAGGCGAACUGCAAUAUUUAAAUGAUAAAAUUAUUUAAAGAGGUCAGUAUUUUUAAUAAUCUUGGGUUGUACAUGUAAGUGGUUACUUAUUUGAAAUUAUAGUCUAGCACCAGAUAUUGAAUAAAAAAAAUAAUAUACAUGUAUAUUGAGUAAUGGUUAUAUCACUGAAGCAAAUUGCAUUCAUUUUUGCUUAAGUGAUAGUUAAAACCCGGCUAGAUUCGGGAGUAAUGGAACUGUUUAUAGAGUAGAUUCGUGAGUCAGGUUUUUGCCGUUUUACCCUGACUUGACAUGCUGACUGCUACUCGGAUUAUGUGAUGUGUAAAUAAAUAGAAAAGGGUUAUAUGAGUUGCACAGCACAGUUAAAGUAUGUUUAAAAUAUGUACAUGUAUCUGAUAUGAUUUGAAAAGAUAUUUUUUUUUUGAAUGAGAAUGUAGGUCAAUAUCCUUUGUUCAAUUUCAGCCAAAUCUUGGGGGAAGGGGAUGGCUUUGACGUUAAGAAGAUAUAGCUGAAAUGAUUGCUGGUAAGUCUGAUAUGUUGCUAUGUCAGUCAAAUUUUGCAAGGCAUUCUUGAACCUGAAUUGAUAUACCUCAUGUAGAUUGAUUAAUCUAAUUGCAGUUUGAAGAUGAAAUGGGAAAUUAUCAUAUGCAAAUCCUUGGUCAAUAAAUUCAUUACCGUCAUAGAAAGUAUAAUUGUACAUGUUUUGCUGUAGAAAAAGUUUACUCUACAGAGGAAGUUGGAAA